CCCAAUCCUUUUUCUUCCCCUCCUCCCUCCUGUCCCUCUGCAGGAGACUCUCGCAGCCAAGGAAAGUUGCAGCUCGGGGUAGCGCCUAGGGGGUCUCCGGGCAGUGCUCAACCGCCGCCAUCCCUUUCCGACUACGGCCCUUCAGGGAUCUCCUUCGCCUGCACCCUUGCUCACUUCAGCCGGAUCUUCUGUGUCCAGAACGCCCCACCUAUGACGAUGCUCCUGGACGGAGGCCCGCAGUUCCCUGGGCUGGGAGUGGGCAGCUUUGGUGCCCCGCGCCACCACGAGAUGCCCAACCGCGAGCCUGCAGCCAUGGGACUGAAUCCCUUCGGGGACUCAACCCACGCUGCGGCCGCCGCCGCUGCCGCUGCCGCCUUCAAGCUGAGCCCAGCCACCGCUCACGAUCUGUCUUCGGGCCAGAGCUCAGCUUUCACACCGCAGGGUUCAGGUUAUGCCAAUGCCCUGGGCCACCAUCACCAUCACCACCACCACCAUCACGCCAGCCAGGUGCCCACCUACGGCGGCGCUGCCUCUGCCGCCUUCAACUCCACGCGCGACUUUCUGUUCCGUCAGCGCGGUUCUGGGCUCAGCGAGGCUGCCUCCGGGGGCGGGCAGCACGGGCUUUUCGCCGGCUCCGCGAGCAGUCUUCACGCUCCAGCUGGUAUUCCUGAGCCUCCUAGCUACUUGCUCUUUCCUGGGCUUCAUGAGCAGGGCGCGGGACACCCGUCGCCCACAGGGCACGUGGACAACAACCAGGUCCAUCUGGGGCUGCGCGGGGAGCUAUUUGGCGUGCUGACCUGUACUGCCCUGUGAGUUAGCUCCGCGCACGGACCCUACGCGGCCAGUGCGCAGUUCCCUAACUACAGCCCCAUGAACAUGAACAUGGGCGUGAACGUGGCGGCCCACCACGGACCGGGCGCCUUCUUUCGUUACAUGCGGCAGCCCAUCAAGCAGGAGCUGUCCUGCAAGUGGAUCGAGGAGGCUCAGCUGAGUCGGCCCAAGAAGAGCUGCGACCGGACCUUCAGCACCAUGCAUGAGUUGGUUACGCAUGUCACCAUGGAGCAUGUGGGGGGCCCGGAGCAGAACAACCACGUCUGCUAUUGGGAGGAAUGUCCCCGCGAAGGCAAGUCCUUCAAGGCGAAGUACAAACUGGUCAACCACAUCCGAGUGCACACUGGCGAGAAGCCCUUCCCAUGUCCCUUCCCGGGCUGCGGGAAGAUUUUUGCCCGCUCUGAGAACCUCAAGAUCCACAAGAGGACCCACACAGGUGAAAAACCUUUCAAAUGUGAAAUUUGACAGACGGUUUGUCACAACAGCAGCGACUGCAAGAAGCUACACAUGGCUGUGCACACCCCUGGACAAUCCCAUAUCUGCAAAGUGGACAAGUCCUAUACACAUCCGAGCUCUUGCAAACACAUGAAGUGUUGUCCUGCUUGGUAUCUGGGACAGACUCUAAUUCCUGAUGAAGAACUUGCUACUGACGUUGGUAUGCAGCAAGCAGUCCUCUAUCCUAAAUGCAGGGUUAAUGCCGAACCUACUGUGCAAGAAAUGAUUUACUGAUGAGGUUUCAAAGGAAACCACAUCAAUUUGGAUGUCUGUUACCUUGAAG